CCGCAUUGUAACCUCCUUUAGUGUUUUCCAAGUCCGCAUGUUUUCUUUCUGUUCAGAAAAUCAGGAUGAAAGUUAAAAUUUUAUCCAGGAACCCUGAUGAGUACAUGAGGGAAACGACCAGGGAUUUAUUCAAGGUUCCAAGAAAUUUCGAUCCUGUUCUUCACCCGUUUGAAGCUGCUAGGGAAUACACAAAAGCUGUCAAUGCUGUCAAGUUGGACAAGGUUUUUGCAAAACCGUUUAUAGGCCAGUUGGACGGUCAUAAAGAGGGAGUUUCUGCACUUAACAAGCACACGACAAGCUUAUCCAGUAUUAUCAGUGGUGACUAUGACGGCGAAGUUCGAUUAUGGAACCUGCCGAUGAAAAAUUGCACGAGAAAAGUGCAGGCACAUGACGGAUCUGUGAGAGGAGUUGCAAUUUUAGAAAAUGGCGAAAGAUUCAUUUCGAUUGGAGACGAUAAGACACUCAGAAUCUGGAACAGCGAAGCACCAAUAGAUGGCACUACAGAUUUGCCUAUAAAUACCAUUGUUUCCAAAACGAUUCUUACAGGGCUUUCAUACAACAAGAAACAACGCCAAUUCGCAACAUGCGGAGAUAUCUGCCAAAUUUGGGAUGAAUCAAGAAAUGAACCACUGAGGUCAUUUCAGUGGGGUGUGGACAGUGUUCACUGGAUUGCUUAUAAUCCGGUUGAACGACACUUGUUAGGUACUUGUGCUGGAGAUAGAAGUACUGUAUUUUAUGAUAUAAGGGAAAAGGGUCCUGUGAGAAGGGUUGUUUUAUCAAUGAGGUCCAAUCAGCUUGCAUGGAAUCCAAUGGAAGCUUACACAUAUACCGUAGCCAAUGAAGAUUACAACUUGUAUACAUUCGAUAUGAGAAGGCUGUCUUCAGCGGUGACUAUUCACAAAGGCCACAUAAGUGCAGUAAUCGCUGUCGAUUAUUCGCCGACUGGUUUAGAAAUAGUGUCUGGAAGUUAUGACAGGACCAUCCGUAUAUUUGGAAAUGAUAAGAGCAACUCUAGGGAUGUUUACCAUACAAAGAGAAUGCAGAGAAUCACAAAUGUUUUAUGGAGCGCCGACGAUAAGUACAUUUUAAGUUCUUCUGAUGAAAUGAAUGUGAGAAUAUGGAAAGCAAGAGCAUCAGAGAAACUUGGAGUGCUGAAACCUCGAGAGAAAAAUUCCCUAAGAUACAAUGCAUCACUCCUCAAGAAAUUUGAGGCCUUCCCGCAGGUCAAGAGGAUAGCUAGACACAGACAUGUUCCUAAAUACAUUUAUGGUAAAACAAAACAACACAGGAUUAUUACCCUUAAAGAAAAGCGAAAGGAGGCCAACAGAAGAGCACAUUCCAAACCAGGAUCUGUACCUUUUGUAUCUGAUAAGGUUAAACCGAUAGUUCAAGUACAAUAACUUAUUUUAAUUGUAAACAAUUUUUAAAUAUAUAUUUUAUUUGUACAUUACA